GGGAAAUUUCAGAGUUGAACCUCAAACCCUAUUUGGGGUGCCCUUGCCCUUCUCUUUUUGGUACAUAUCUCUCUCUCUCUCUCUCUCAUUAAAUUCAUCAACACCCCAUUAAUUGUACUCUCAGUUGAUAUCAUCCCCAAUAUCCCUCACCCGCCACAGCUCCUCAGAAUGCCAUCUGAUCUUUGACUGCCAUUGACUGCACACCUAGAGAGAGAGAGAGAGAGAGAGAGAGAGAGAGAUGGGAAAUCAUAGAUGCUGCAACAAACAAAAUGUGAAGAGGGGGCUAUGGUCGCCAGAGGAAGAUGAAAAACUUGUUAAAUUCAUAUAUACCUAUGGCCAUGGUUGCUGGAGCUCUGUCCCUAGACUUGCUGGUCUUCAAAGAUGUGGGAAGAGUUGCAGAUUGAGAUGGAUAAAUUACUUGAGACCUGACUUAAAACGUGGAAGCUUCUCUUCUUCCGAAGCGGCUCUUAUCAUUCAACUCCAUAGCAUUCUAGGCAAUAGAUGGGCUCAAAUAGCUAAGCAUUUGCCAGGAAGAACCGAUAACGAAGUAAAGAACUUUUGGAAUUCAAGCAUAAAGAAGAAGCUCAAUCUCUCUCAUCGUGCCCUCCCUCUAGAAAUAACCCCCUUUCCUAAUUCACCCAAUCUCAGUGGCACUUUUGAGGGUUAUUUCCCAGUAAAUGCAAACCCUAAUUGGAUGCCAUUUCCACAACAAAACCAGGUCUACAAUAUUCCCACCUCAAUAUCAGUGCUACAACCGUUUGAUCAGAUCACUUUUGAUCCUAAUUUGGUUCCUGCCCCACAGGAUCAAAUCCCAGUGCCUCUGAACCCACCUACAUAUGAAUGGUCUUCAUGGCCAAUGAACUGUGAUCAUCACCCUGAAAAUCACUGCAUGUUAAACAACAAUUCAAUCCCAUGGCACACCGAGGGCAAAACGGUCAUUUACGAUGAGAUCAUCAACUGCAAUACUGCCAUACCAUAUUCUUCAUCUGGUUCCCAUGUUGACCUAAUUACAACAAGUCUGCCAUGCUUUCCGUCCGGGUCAAAUCCGCGCGAUCCGCAAGUGCCGAGUAAUCAAAUGGAAUCCCUAGAUGCAUGUGAUGAUAUGUUGGUAUUUACAAUGUAAUUGUUUUAUUCCAAACAAAGUGCAAGCAACUUCUGGAGGAUUGGAAAACCUAAACGUUGCUAAUUCAAGUAUAGAUUCAAUAUUGAAUGAGCAGUGUUUGGGGCUCAUUGAAGAAUCCAUAAAGAUGUGGGGGAUCUGCUGCUUCUUUCAAGUUUGAGUCCUCUCUAUAAAAAUGUUUAAUUCUAUUGUUUGUAUGUCUCACUUAUUUCAAUAUAUAGUGAAUCAUGCAUUAAUUUCUCGAGUGAA